AUGUAUGUAUAUAUUGCAGAAUAAUGAAUGGAAUGGGCGUACAAAGAAUGUGAAUGUGGGGGUUUGGACUUGUUGGGGCAUUCUUAUAAAUAGCCGCUCGUAACCGCCUUUCUCCUUACUCCCCUCUCUCUCUCUCUCUCUCUCUCUCCGCUUCUCAAUUUCCCGCUUCAGGAUCUUUAUUUCUCAAAUGAAUUAAAAGGGAGACGACGGGUACCGAGAAAAGAAAAAAAUAGUUGUUGUUUUCUGAGUUCGUUUGGUUAUGGCUACAUAUACACCCAAGAACAUUCUCAUUACUGGAGCUGCUGGCUUUAUUGCAUCCCAUGUUGCCAACCGGCUGAUACGGAACUACCCUGAGUACAAGAUUAUUGUCCUUGACAAGCUGGAUUACUGCUCAAACCUGAAGAACCUUGGGACUUCUCAAUCAUCCCCAAAUUUCAAGUUCAUAAAAGGAGAUAUAGGUAGCGCUGACCUCAUCAGCUUCAUUCUCCUGACCGAGUCCAUUGAUACGGUCAUGCACUUUGCAGCCCAGACCCAUGUCGACAACUCCUUUGGCAACAGCUUUGAAUUCACUAGAAACAAUAUUUAUGGCACCCAUGUCCUUUUGGAGGCAUGUAAAGUCUCGGGUCAAAUUAAGAGAUUUAUUCAUGUUAGCACCGAUGAAGUUUAUGGAGAAACAGAAGAGGAUGCACUUGUGGGAAACCACGAAGCUUCGCAACUCCUCCCAACGAACCCAUACUCUGCAACUAAAGCCGGUGCUGAGAUGCUUGUGAUGGCGUACAGAAGGUCAUAUGGGUUACCUGUGAUAACUACAAGAGGAAACAAUGUGUAUGGGCCAAAUCAGUUUCCCGAAAAGUUGAUUCCCAAAUUCAUCCUGUUAGCAAUGAGAGGGAAGCCUCUUCCAAUUCAUGGGGAUGGAUCCAAUGUGCGGAGUUACCUCUAUUGUGAGGAUGUUGCUGAAGCAUUUGAAAUCAUUCUUCACAAGGGUGAAGUAGGUCAUGUUUAUAAUAUUGGGACAGAUAAGGAAAGGAGAGUGCUUGAUGUGGCCAAGGAUAUAUGCAGUCUAUUCUCGUUAGAUGCAGAUGCAGCUAUUCAUUUUGUGGAGAACAGACCUUUUAAUGAUCAGAGGUACUUCUUAAAUCAUCAGAAGCUCAAGAAUUUGGGAUGGUCGGAACGAACUACAUGGGAAGAAGGCCUAAGGAAGACCAUGGAAUGGUAUGUUAGCAAUCCUGAUUGGUGGGGAGACGUCUCAGGGGCGCUGCUUCCUCAUCCGAGAAUGUUGAUGAUGCCUGGAAUUGAAAGAAACACCUCUGAUGCUGGUGUAUCUGCUUCCUCUAAUAUGGUAAAUAAUCCCGGUCAAAAGGGAAUGGUAGUUUCAGUUUCCUCGAGCAAUCUGUCUACUCAUAAAUCACCACUGAAGUUCUUGAUUUAUGGUAGGACUGGGUGGAUUGGUGGACUUAUAGGGAAACUCUGUGAGAAACAAGGGAUACCCUAUGAGUAUGGAAAAGGGCGCCUUCAGGAACGCUCUCAGCUCUUGGCGGAUAUACAGAGUGUUAAACCUACCCAUGUUCUGAAUGCUGCUGGAGUGACCGGUAGGCCUAAUGUGGAUUGGUGCGAGUCCCACAAACCAGAGACGAUCUCCACCAAUGUUGUCGGAACUCUAACUUUGGCAGAUGUUUGCAAAGAGCACGGGCUUCUAAUGCUGAAUUUUGCUACUGGCUGUAUCUUUGAGUAUGAUGGUGCACAUCCGUUAGGGUCAGGCAUCGGAUUUAAGGAGGAAGACAAACCCAAUUUCACCGGUUCGUUCUAUUCGAAAACCAAGGCCAUGGUUGAAGAACUUCUGAACGAAUAUGACAAUGUCUGCACCCUCAGGGUCCGAAUGCCAAUAUCAUCUGAUCUGAACAACCCACGAAACUUCAUCACAAAAAUCACAAGAUAUGACAAAGUGGUUAACAUUCCCAACAGCAUGACUGUCCUAGAUGAGCUCCUACCCAUUGCAAUUGAGAUGGCAAAAAGGAACUGCAGGGGCAUAUGGAACUUCACAAACCCGGGUGCUGUCAGCCAUAACGAAAUCCUUGAGAUGUACAAGAACUGCAUCAACCCCGAUUUCAAGUGGACCAAUUUCACAUUAGACGACCAAGCAAAGGUGAUUGUUGCCCCUCGCAGCAACAAUGAGAUGGAUGCGUCCAAGUUGAAGAAAGAGUUCCCGGAGUUGCUGUCCAUCAAGGAAUCCCUGCUUAAAUAUGUCUUCGAACCCAACAAGAAAACCUUCUCAGCCUGAGUGGCAGAUAAGCUUAUUAUAUGAAGACGUCAAGAGCCAUCUUUGCUGCACAUGUAAGUAGAAUUCAGUUAUAAUCACAUUCUUACUUCUCUUCAUCAUCCCUCUUACUCCAUUAUGGUAUUCAGAUAUUUAUGUUGCAUUUACUUGUUAGCUAUAGAUUCCCAAAUGUGGAAAGAGCUCUGCUGAAGAUCGUAUUAGAACUCUCAUUUCUCUCUGUUAUUUAUCAUAUUUAAAGUUGUAAAAAAGCUGUUCAUUUCCCUUCAAUUUAUCUUCUCAAUGUUUCAUUGAGAUUUAUCUUCUAAUGUACUGAUACCACCUGUUGGCCUGUGAACUGUUUUGAGUGUUGGUGAAUGUAGUUGAGAGAACCUGUACAACUCUCGAA